AUGAGUGUAUACAACGUGGGGAUAAUGUGCAUUAUUGGUGCUGCUGUCUCAUUCCUUACUCGGGACCAACCCAAUGUGCAGUUCUGCAUCGUUGCUUUAGUCAUAAUAUUCUGCAGCACCAUUACUCUCUGCCUCGUGUUUGUACCUAAGCUCAUUACACUGAGGACAAAUCCAGAUGCAGCCACACAGAACAGACGAUUUCAGUUCACUCAAAAUCAAAAGAAAGAAGAUUCAAAAACAUCAACAUCAGUCACCAGCGUCAACCAGGCCAGCACAUCUCGGCUAGAAGGAUUGCAGUCAGAGAACCACCGCUUGAGAAUGAAAAUUACAGAGCUGGACAAGGACUUGGAAGAGGUCACAAUGCAACUUCAGGACACUCCUGAGAAAACAACAUACAUUAAGCAGAACCACUAUCAAGAUCUUAAUGACAUUCUUAGUAUACGGAACUUUACAGACAGUAAAGAUGGUGAGAAAGCCAUUUUGAAAAAUCAUCUUGAUCAAAAUCCACCAGCACAAUGGGGCUCAUCAGACCCUUCCAGAACAAGCAAAGAUCCUAUAGAAGACAUCAACUCUCCAGAACACAUACAGCGUCGGCUGUCUUUGCAGCUGCCCAUUCUUCAUCAUGCCUACUUGCCAUCCAUAGGAGGAGUUGAUGCUAGUUGUGCCAGUCCCUGCGUAAGCCCCAGUGCCAGCCCUCGGCACAGACACGUGCCACCCUCCUUCCGAGUAAUGGUUUCGGGGCUGUAGGAAAGGGAGAUUAGUGCUUCCUGAACUGCUUUUAAGUACUCAAUGACUGGACUAAACAUCUGACCUAGAACUCUGCUACAAACAUGCAACAUUGGCUCUUACUGCAGAGGAACUACCACUGAGGCCAUCAUCACAGGAGUGCCCGUGUAACUCGUGUGGGAAGGCAAAAGAGAUGGACGCAAGGAGUUUGAUCUGUAGCCUUAUUCAUGGAGUUUUUAUUUCUUCACAUAGAAGUCACUGAAAAACAUUUCUUCCCAAAUUUCUACUAGCAACAAGGAAAUAUGGAUCUUGCAAAAAAGACACUAGGAAAAAAAACCCAAUCAAAUGUCACUGAGCUUUAUGUGGCUCCUGAGAACAUGCAGUUCUAUACUGUAUCCAUGUAAGGAAAAUACAAUGGUUGAGCUAUACCAUAUUUAUUGAAACAGAUCCACUCAUUUUUACAAGACUUGUGUUAAAUCGCUGGAAACAUUCUGCACUGGUUAGUCUUGCUUGUUUUCAUUUCAGCGACGGUGUUCGACAGGAAAGGAUGGUGAGAAA